AUGGAAUUUACAAAUGAUGCUCGAAAAGAAUUGUUUUGGAUCGCAUAUAAUAGAGCAUAUGGAUUAACAGAUUUUAAUAUUCAUAAUACUUUACUGAAACGACAUGAGUUUAGAAAACAAACAAUUCUUGAUGAUGAAACUCUUACAAAUGAUGAAAAAGCUCAUGCUAUAAAAUUAUUAAACCGAGAUUUUGACUAUGAUAGAAUUAUGUCUGCUGAAGGAUCAGAAAGAACGACAAGAAUUUGUGAAAAUUGUCAAGAAGAAUGUGUAGCGAUUACAUAUUGUGAAUGUUGUAUUCGAAAUUAUUUAAAAUCAAAUUUUUCGAAUUGGACGUCUGGCGAUAAUAAAAUUGAUGAUUUAAUACGAAAAUGUCAAAUGGAAACUGUUAGACCAAAUAAGAUAAUAGAAUGGAUUCCAUAUGAUAGUUUACAAAAUAUUCAACAUUUUGCUGAAGGUGGAUACUCUAAAAUUUAUACAGCAGAUUUUAUUGGUGGAUUUUAUUAUGAUUGGGAUUCUGAUGAAAAACGAUUAAAGAAGGGAAGUACAUGUGAGGUCGUACUUAAAAGUUUAAACGUAGAAAAUGCUGAUAGAAGGUGGUUCAAAGAGAGCAAAUCACAUUUAUCUAUAAGUGUAAAAUGGGUAGAUGUAGUUCGUUGUUUUGGAAUGACAAAAAAUCCAUCAGGGACUUAUAUGCUUGUAAUGGAUAAGAUGAAUAUAGAUUUAAGAAAUUUUUUGUAUCAAAAUCAUACUAAAAUUACAUGGAAGAGAAGAAUAAGUAUUGCUUUCGACAUAGUACAUGCACUUCAUAGAAUUCAUUCUGAAAAUGCCAUCCAUAGAGACUUGCAUUCCGGAAAUAUUUUGGAACUCAAUGAAAGAUUUUUUAUUGGUGAUCUUGGAUUUUGUGGACCUGCAAGUAAACCAUUUAAUAGCGUAUAUGGAAAUCUUCCUUAUAUAGCACCUGAAGUUCUUAUUGCGAAAGAAACUACUACUUUUGCAUCUGAUAUUUAUAGUGUCGGUAUACUUAUGUGGGAAAUUUCUUCUGGAAGACCACCUUUUAAUAAUUGUAGUCAUGAUUAUGAUCUUGUGAUGAAAAUAGUGAAUGGUUCAAGACCAAAAAUAGUAUCAGGAACCCCUUUAAAAUAUAAAGAAUUAAUGGAACAAUGUUGGGAUGCUGACCCAACGAAAAGGCCUAAGAUUAAUUUCCUAAAAGCUGAAAUGGAAGAAUUGAACACAUCAUGGUUUUACGAUGAAAACCAAGAACAAAUAAUUUCUGAUGAUGAUAACAAAUCGAUAUAUAGCGACUAUUAUGAAUCUAGGAAAUAUUAUACGACUAGUACGAGCAGUAUUUAUCAAUUUGGAACCUAUUCUGAACCAAAGAAUGCAUUAGAAAGAGAAUUUCACAGCAAUUAUAGUUUUAACAUUCCUAGUAGUAAUUCUAGGAAUUUAGUAGUGAAAAUUUUUGAUUAUUAUGAAAUUACUAACGAGAAAAUAUGCCCAUUAUGCAAGUUAGAGCAUGUUAACGAGGAAAGUUUAGAAGGGCUAAUUUAUGACAGCUAUUACCUAAUUUAA